AUGCUUUCCUAUUUUCGAAACCUCAUCCCAUUGAGUCCAUUCAUCGCUCCCUCCAUAAAUUCAACCAUCCAGCCCCCCUCUUCCCCAGUCCCCGCCGCCUCCACCACCCAACCCACCCUCUCCCCCAUCUCAAACAUCCAAGGCCAUGCCUACAACCGCUUCAUCCAAAUAUGGCUCGAAAACACCGACUUCGCCCUCGCCGCCGGUGACCCCAACAUCGCCUGGCUCUCCACCCACGGCAUCUCUCUCACAAAUUACUGGGCCCUCACCCACCCCUCCCAGCCCAACUACCUCGCCGCCGUCUCGGGUGACCACUUCGGCCUCGACAGCGACGACUAUAUCUCCGUCCCCUCCAACAUCCCCAUCGUCGCCGAUCUCCUCGACACCAAGGGGAUCGCGUGGGGCGAGUACCAAGAAGACAUGCCAUACGCAGGCUUCAAGGGCAUCGAGUACAACAACCAGCACACCGGCGCGAACGCCUACGUGCGGAAGCACAACCCACUCGUGCUAUUUGAGUCUGUGACGCAGAACGCGACGCGGCUGUCCUUGAUGAAGAGCUUCACGUCUUUCGCUGCAGACCUCGCGGCCGGGACGCUCCCGCAGUGGGCGUUUGUGACCCCGAACAUGACGAAUGACGGGCAUGAUACUUCCAUUACCACUGCGGGACUGUGGGCACGAAGCUUCCUGGAACCUCUUCUUAACAACGCGUAUUUCAUGAACGACACGCUUGUCCUCCUUACUUUCGAUGAGAAUGAGCACUACGAGACGCCUAACAAGGUUUUCUCGCUCUUACUCGGCGGCGCGGUGCCGGAGUCAUUAAAAGGGUUAAUGGACAAUACGUUCUAUACCCACUACAGCGCCCUCUCGUCUCUGGAAGCGAACUUCGACCUCCCUUCCCUCGGCCGCUGGGACUGCGGCGCCAACAUAUUCGAACUCGUCGCCAAGAAAACCGGGUACGCGAAUUACGCGGUUGAUACGACGAAUCUGUGGUUUAGUAGCUCGUACCCCGGGCCGUUGUCUCCGAUGGAUGCGAAGGCGUGGCCCGCGCCUAAUACGAAUGCGAAGUGUGCUGCGGGAAACGGAGUGUUGGAGAAGGUGAUGAGCGUAUGGGGGAGGGUUGAUGGAAGCUUGCACUAUGCGGAUCCGUAUCCGCAUGAUGAUGGGUUGGGGGCGAACGCGAGCGUGAGCAGGUUGCCUACUCCUAGCCAGAUGGCGCCGUCGACGAAUUUAGUGCAGAGUGGGACUGCGAGCGGCCCGAGUCCGACCGCAACAGAGACGACGGGUUUGGUGCAGAGUGGCACUCAGCUUAGUCCUAGUCAGACGGUACCAGAUACGACGGGGACAGCGCCGGGUGGGACUCUGCCUAGUUCUGCCGGUGCGUCAGUUAUGUACACUGCGGGAGCUGUGACAAUGGAUCUGGGAGCGGCUUGGUGUUGGGACUGGACUCUGGCUGCCUUGGGGUUGAUGGCUGGAUUCUUGUAGACCAAGAAGGAUGACUCGGGAUUAUUGAAGAUAUAAUAGAAAAGAGUUCAACAUCAC